CAGAUAUGAAAAUCCUGCUCUCUCAGACUAGACUGUCAUAGCCCAGGUUAGCAGAAUGGAAUAGUUAGAGUGACUCGUGGGGGACUUGAAAGUGUUCAGUCAAGUAUACUUGGAACUAUUUUGCGUGAGCCACGAUGGCUCAGCAAGGUGCUUCUCCGGCAGUGAUGCCCAUGAAGUUGAUCGCUUCGUGGGACUUGGAGAGAACAACAUCUGCAACUUGUGUUCCAAGAUUGUGCACCUUGACACUCACCAACUUGGAGGCUUUGCGAGUCCUGGAGCCUGGUUUGCAACGCAUCACAAUUGGUGUGGCUUUGAAGGGUUCUCGUCACACGCUCCGCUCCAAUGAUAUUGAAGUACCCAGCAAUGAAACGUUUUCCAUGAACCUCCAGAUCACCUUUGCCCUGCAGUAUCCGCAUUUUAUCAAGCGUGAUGUCAACGUGCUGAGGGUAAUGCUGCAACGGCGCAAGCGGUACAAGACUAAGCCUAUUCCAGGAUACAGGACUCUGGCAGUUGGUCAAGUCAACCUGUCUGAGGUGAUACAACACGAUCUUGGCAGCGAGCUCUUUCUGUACGCACCCAAGAACAAGGAUGGAGAGGCAGAACACGUGUCAACUGUCUCCCUGGGUGUGCUGACCAGCCACGCUAUUGAUGCCACUCGUCAGAGUCACGGUUUGUUGAAUCAUGAAGUUGAUAGCUCUGAGGAAGAUCAAGAGUUCUUUGAGGCAUCUGAUGAAGACGAUCCCCAACCAAUGCAGGGAUUGUAUGACGAAGGUCUGGCACCGCAACAGCAGCACCGCCACACUCAACGUUUGCAAGCCCUACACUUACUGAAAGGCAUGGCAAAGAAACGGCUUAACCGCGGCAAGUUCUUCCAGUUUCCUCGCCGUGGCAAGCUCAGCGGUGUCGAGGGUGAGGUUGAUCCAGAGGAGGAACAUGAAGGCAUGGAGGGUAUGGAGCUGGAAGAAGCCUUCGGCGGUAGUGACUUCAUGCCUUCUGAUGACAAUGACAUGGAUUUAUCUGAUAGCGACUUUGACCUUGACCCGGAGACAAUGAGUGUGCGCUCCACGCCGAAACCGGUUCUCAGGCCGUUUUACGCACCGUCAACUACCAGCAGCAGUUCGGCCAGCAUACGCGGCCAUGCGAAUGUUGGCGAUAAUCAGCGACAUUCAGCACAACACCCUCCUGUGGCACCGACUUCAAACUUGGCAUCGCAUGGAGUGCGCACACUCAAGCAGCGUGUCGAGCAGGUCAAGGAGAAAGCGGAGAAGACGCUCAAGAAGGAGCCGAAGGAAACUCGCUCGGAAGAGAGAGAUCGCACUCAGGCCCGCGAAGGCCGCUCAGAGAGAGACCAUGGCAGGCGACCUGAGGACCGUCCGACCCGACGCUCAAACUCCGGCGAGGACGCCCAUCGAAUCUCGCGCAGGGACGACGAGCGACAGCCGACGCGAAAGAGUAACAGCUUUGGCGAGACAGUAACGAUGGGCCUGGUACCGUUUGGUGAACGAGUGGCCAUGUCCUCCAGUGGUACUCAGAUAUGUGUGUCGGGUGAUAACCAGAUUCCGCCUGGCUAUCCACUGUCCGUGCCGCAAGACUAUUCAUCGCCCCAGGAACCUACAACGCCAACCAAGCAGUCAGUCCUGCGGCAGCGUAGCUUUUCCGCCAUUCAAACACGCCGCGCGAACAUAAGCACACUGACCGGGACGCCGCAGCGAAUGUCAGCUGCGGAGAUCUCCUCCAUGUGCCGGCACAAUGUUGUACCUGACAUCGAUCCAGACGUUGUCACUCAACUGAACGAUGGGACAGCCGCGGAUCGAGCAGCCAGUUUGCUUGCGGACAUGCCGCCAUCGAUAAUCCUGCUGAAUGCGUGUGACCCGCAUGGUGUGUCGGUCGGUCGUGCAUUGGCAGACGCGAAAAUGCCUGUUGUCUGUACACAAAGCGGCGAGCAAGUGCAGGGUGUAAUGGCAGCCAUCUUCUCAAAGCUGCUAAAAUACUGUUCCUCGCACACCGGUGACCCAUCGCUGGGGGUUUGCAUUGUUGGAAGUGAAGGCUACACUAAUGCCGUACUUCAGGCGUUUGUCAAACUCAUCACCACCAAAUCGUCCAUCAAGCUCUCCUUUUUCCGCUUCUUUAUCGUUCCUCUUGGCGUAAACCGCCUGGCUUCGUACAUUGCUUCUACGGACGGCUUGUACUGGAGUUUGUUUCAUGACUCCCUGUGGAAGGAAGCGUUUGAUUCGCAUGACGGGACUUGGGAGCACCUUUCCAGUGAUCUCUUCACUCGGCUAAAUCGCUACCUGGGCAUAGCCUCGUCCACCAGACAGUUCCCCAUUGCACAGGCGCUAGUGAAUAGAGCCAAAGUACCUAGUGAAGGUGACUCAGGGCAAGUGUUUGUAUACUUUCUUAACGAAGUGCGGAUGGGUUCCUUGGAGAGCAACGACCUUGUUUCAAGUGAUGACCUCGCAGCAUCAUUGAACUCUGAGAAGACUACCCCCGGGACACCUGCUGCCGCUACAGUUGUAGCUAAUCAAUUGGCAACCGGUGACGGAGAAGCUGUAAAGCUCAACCAAAGCCCGCCUCAAGGUUCCAGCACACACAAAGACGUGGCGAACAAUGGCCCCCCAUCUACGCCGCUGGUAGCAUCGGCUGCAGCUUCAGGUCGCGAUGGCAUUAGCGCCGGCGGUAGCAGCAGUGGCAACGCUACUGGCAGCGAUGCAUUGGAUCUAACGCUGGAUUAUCGACCUGUCAACACUGCACAGCCAAACAGUGCCAGUAGCACUGGUGGCAAGAAGGACAAGGAGUCUGGAAAGCUCACUGCAAAGACCACAGUGCGCUGUGCGUGGAUAACAAUUUUACCCACGAACUACCAAGGACAACACUCGCCACCAUCGGCGUUCACUAUGGUCCUAGUACCUAAGGAGAAGAGCAAGCGAGCAUUACCAUUCCCUCUGCCACGUCGCUCGCACGGACGUGACAAGGAGAAGGAUGCAAUUGAAAAUGCAUACCUUAGCACCCUGGUGUGUUCGUCAACUAAGCGCUCGACAUUCCUGAAAGUGUACAUUGACACUGUGGAGUGGACGGACGUGAAGUUCUUCUCUCUGUCGCCGCCAAGCCGCACCCUGUUCUUCCCUGUGGCCACGUUCAGUGAAAGCAGUGGCACUGUUGGUGGCACUGGUGUUGGCACUGAACGUGGAGGUGAACGGGGCGGUGAACGGGGCAGUGAACGGGGCGCUGAACGGGGCAGUGAACGUGGCGCUGGUGGCAGCACCGUGCCAGACCUUCACUUGCCAUUGAAUGCAGCCGACUGCGAUCCUGGCAUGUGCACCACAUCCGAUGUAUGACAUCAACGCUUCGUUGCAUGAUUAGUAGCGUCUCACGUGAAUAACUUUCUCACCCAGCGAAAUGUCCUAGUCACAGCAGCAAUGGCGUUCUCAUUGCUACCUAGGUGUCACGCAAUCCCGUGUGCCUUUCUGCCUGUUAGCUGUUAGUUGCUACUUAUCACCGAGCCACUCUUCACCGAGCCACUCUUUUAUACUCAGCAAAGAAGUCUAUCGCAUAGUGUCAACGGCAUUGAAUCACCAAGUACACUGUACACUGUACUACAUGUACUUAUCACGAGACCCCCGCACCCCCUUUCCUAAUGAUUGUGCAUAGUUAUGCAAAGAACCUCACGGGGCUGAGGGGUGGUGUAGCUUGCUUCUUCCCUAGUGUGGAUAUUUGAAUGCACCAAACUGGCUACCUGACCAAAAUUAUUCGACACAAUACUAAAGAUAUUUAGGAUUCAUAUCAAGCGCAGUAAGCAUUUAGACAGAGCCCGUUCUUCUAUUUCUGUCCUGCAUCAUUGCAUGUCUCAUGCUACAACUUAAACACAUCUGCUUUCUAGUCCCUGCUUGUGCACAUAGCUCCCCUAGCCCUCCCAUCGCAUUGUCAUGAGCAUAAAACAAAAAAAACAAAAACUUGCAAAGUAUUAUUAUAACCACCACCUUCCCCAUCUGGAUCAGCAUAAUUAUUAUUCCGCUAUUCGACUGCUCCUCUGAGCCAUUUGUAGAGUUGUUUUUUUGUAAUUUUGCUAUUGCGACUGGCAAGUUUCUUUUGACUUUGUUGUAAACCCGGGCCUUUUUUAAUGUCUUGAUGUUGUUGUACCUGAUUAGAACACACAAGAAAAAAAGAAAAAAACCCCACACACA